GUGGACACGCGCUCGAGCCGCUCGGCUCCGGAGCGCCGCUGCAUCCCGACCGACCGUCUGUCUGUUGUCAUGGAGGAGCAAAGAUGGCGGUCCUGGCCUAUAGCCUGGGCAAACGCGAAAUAAAUCAGUAUUUUACCAUUAAAAAUGCCAAAUUAAUAGCGCUGGCUGUCGUUGUGUUGUUGCUCCUGUUUCACACAGCUUCGCGGUAUUAUGGAGGUGGAGACUCAUGUGAGUGGCUACUGUCCAGAGGACGUUAUUUGGGGGAGAACGUAUGGCAGCCAUAUGGUUGUAUGAUGCACAAAUACAAAAGCAUUGAAGCCAAAACCUGCCUUGCUAAAAAGAGGGUGGCCUUUGUCGGUGAUUCACGAAUUAGACAGCUGUUUUACUCCUUCGUUAAAAUCAUCAACCCUGAGCGAAGAGAAGAUGGAAAUAAGCACACGGACAUUUCCUUUCAGGAAGACAGCUCUUCAGUUAUUGUGGACUUUUUGUGGUGUCCUGAGGCGAAUAAUUCUAUGAAGGACCGCUUGAUAGCGUGGACGCAUGAUUCUUCACCAAAGCCAGAUGUUAAUCUUGGAGCUGCCACAUGGUCCAUCAAGAUGCACAGUGGCAGCAGUCAGACACUGCAACAGUACAAAGUUAACGUGACUGCCAUGACUGUGCCCCUUGAGAGGCUGGCUGAUCAUGGAGAAGUCUACUGGGUGCUGCAAGACCCAGUAAACGAGGAGAUGUUGAGUGAGAACAGGAAGAUGAUCACCAACCAGCAGUUGGAACUGUACAACAAAGCAGCAGCAGAUGCGCUCAACAGGAGCAAGCGUAACGGCAAGUCCCGGGUCAGACUGCUGGCUGCCUCCCGCCAGGCUGCCCUGGAAACUAUCACUCAGUCAGAUGAUGGUUUGCACCUACCAGAGAGCACCAGGAACAUCGGAGCCAUGGUCCUCAUGAAUUCUGUGUGCAAUAAGCUACUGAGGCCCAUUGACGGUUCCUGCUGCCAGAAGUCUCCGCCCCCGAACCUCCUCCAAAAACUGUCAGCGUGUUUUUUCUUGGGAUCAGCCAUAGUCUUUCUGGUCCUCCACGUGCUUGGCCACAACAGACACCGCCGCCAUGUACCCCCUGAUGUGGAGAGCAUAGAGGAGAAGAAGCCCAUGUCUGCAGCCGUCCUUUUGGGUCCAACAGGUCUCUUUCUGGCUCUGUGCAGAAUGGGCGUCAUCAUGAGCUAUUUUUACCUCUGUGACAGAGCAGAUGUGUUCAUGAAAGAGCAGAAGUUCUACACACACGCCACAUUCUUCAUCCCGCUCGUCUAUAUAUUUGUGCUGGGAGUCUUCUACAAUGAAAACAGUAAAGAGACCAAAUUACUCAACCGAGAGCAAACAGAUGAAUGGAAGGGCUGGAUGCAGCUCGUCAUCCUCAUCUAUCACAUAUCUGGAGCCAGCGCUUUUAUCCCAGUGUACAUGCACGUGCGGGUGCUUGUGGCAGCGUACCUUUUUCAAACUGGAUACGGACACUUCUCCUUUUUCUGGCUCAAAGGAGACUUUGGACUCUAUAGAGUUUGCCAGGUGCUGUUCCGUCUGAAUUUCCUGGUCUUGGUUCUGUGUGUGGUGAUGGACAGACCCUACCAGUUCUAUUACUUUGUUCCUCUGGUUACCUUCUGGUUUGUCAUCAUUUAUGCCACACUGGCCAUAUGGCCUCAGAUCCUUCAGAAGAAGGCCAACAGCAGCGGCAUGUGGCAUUUGGGGGUUCUGGCGAAGUUACUGGGCCUGUUGCUGUUCAUCUGCUUAUUUGCCUAUUCACAAAGUCUGUUUGAGAGCGUCUUCUCCGUAUGGCCCGUUGCCAAACUGUUUGAGCUGAACGCAAGCAUCAGCGAGUGGUGGUUUCGAUGGAGACUGGACCGAUUUGCAGUGAUAAACGGCAUGUUAUUUGCCUUCAUCUAUCUGGUGCUUCAGAAGUGCCAGGUGUUAUCAGAGGGCAAAGGAGAAGCGCUCUUCUCUGCCAGGAUUUCCAACCUGCUUAUCUUAUUCUCCAUUUUCUCCUUCAUAGUAAGUCUGCUUGCUCAGAUGCAUUCUGUUCAGUCGCAGUGGGAUUUAAUUCAAAUUUCUGUAAUGUUUUAG